UGAACGCUGAGCGCUGAGUGACAACGCCUCCGAUCCUUCCUAUUGCUUCAGGCUCGACAAUCUUGCCAACCCUGCUCCUUAGCCUGACGGCAAUCUAUUCGAACUUUCCUUCAGUUCGAAGUUAACGUGCAGUAUUCAACUUGGAGCCGCUUUUAAUAGAAUUAGAAGUGCACCAUGUCCAGCUGCGCAAUAAUCCUCUUGCCAUUCCUCUUGUUCUUCUGUGUCAGGUUAUAUUUUGUCAUAUUUUCUUCCAGACGCAUCAGGCUCGCCCCGGCAAACCCCAGGCCUCAACGGACCUGCAGCAUUGCUAUUUUUCUUGGUUCAGGGGGACAUACCAGCGAAGCAUUGAAGUUGGCUUCUGCGCUAGAUUUCGGUCGUUACUCUCCACGGACUUACAUAGUCAGCGAAGGCGAUGCGUUUAGUGCACAAAAAGCUCUUGCUUUGGAGCACCUUAAGGCCACUGACGAUACUUUAUCCGACGAUCAACCGCAGUAUAGGCUCUUGACUAUACCCCGUGCGCGUCGCGUCCAUCAGUCACUGCUUAGUACACCGCCAGAUGCGGUCAAAUCACUACUAGCUUGCAUGUAUCUUGUCUCAGUUCGCCCGUUGUUCAAUAAGGGAGCGUUUCGGGAACCAUUUGUGGACCUUCUGAUCCUUAAUGGCCCGGGAACGUGUGUCAUUUUAUGCGCAGCAAUUCUUCUGAAUAGGAUUAUCGGACUACCUAGUCCACGGGUGAUGUACGUUGAAUCUUUCGCCCGUGUCAAGUCCCUCUCACUUUCUGGAAAGCUGCUCUAUUAUUUUACCGACCGCUUCGUGGUCCAAUGGCCAGAUCUGGUGCAGUCCGGCGGUCGGGAAAUUUACCGCGGAUGCCUUGUAUGAUUUUUACACGGAACCCGAUAAUUGUUAUUUAAUUAACAAGACUCAUUGUAUUCAACUGUUGUCACAUGCACUCGUCAUUAACUGGU